CAAAUAUAGAACAUGUUUUUCUUUCUAUUUCAGGUUGAAAAUAAACACAGGCAGUGUUGCAGUCUCAAUCUUCUUUCACCAGAAGUAAGGUCUCAAAGGAAGGACCCAGACCACAUCCACAAUGAAUCAACAACUCCCUCAAGGCUUGUUCAACACUCUUUCAAGACUUGGACUGAACAAAUUUUAUCCCAACAAACUUACUCUUCGCUGCCUGUUAGAGAUCAACAAAGACAACAUAAACACAAAUCCUGCUUCAUCACUGAAGGAAAUUCCAUGGUAUUUUCUCAAAAACCUCUUACAGAUCAAUGCUGAAUGUCGAAGUUGUGUGCAACUACCAGCCAAUGAUGAGGAAGAUGAUGAUCUCUUUAGCCUAGACCUUUAUACCGCAGAAGACACUCACAGUGGUGUUAAUGCUCUCGACCUGAUAGUAGCACUUUUCCUUUGUGCUGACAGCUUCUUGCAACAAGAAAUGGCUCUCAGGAUGUCAAUGUGUCAGUUUUCUGUGCCACUGUUGUUGCCUCAUAGCAACAACAGUCAGUGCAGCCUGAUGCUUUGGGCUCUCAGAGGCAUCGUUAAAGAGUGGCGUCCUCAUAGUUUAACUGAAUCAAAAGGUUUCAUUGAGGACACGAUUGUUGAAGCAAAUAUUCCAUUAUUUUCUUUUGUUCGCCUGAAAAACAGCAGUUUAUCAAAGUCCCAGAUGCUGAAUCUUGUUCUAAGCCGUGGGCAGCAGAGUCACAACAUCUUUAUGCAUAAAGACAUGGAGGACAGGGCUAUCAAAAAGGAAAUAGCAAAUGGACUUGUAGAGGUUUUCUGGUACCUUCCCUGUGGAAGAGAAAAUCUGGACAUUUUUCCAGAGCCAGUCGCAUUUGCUAAUCUGAGAGGAGACUUUAGUGAGUCACUUGCACAGUUUAGUUUUCUUGUUCAAGUUUCAACAGCUACCUUUGUGUUCCUGGACAAGGUUGAAGAAAAAGAGCAGGAAACUCUGAGUUCUUUCAAGGAUUUCAGGAGAAAUUUCUUUUUGGUUGUUAAUCGCAAGGAGGAUGGUGACAGUGAGGACAUGAAGUCUGUCAAGAGAACAAUAGAAAAGCUAGAUCUUCCAAAGAACAAUCUCAUCAGAAAAAACAAAACAGAAAACAGAACAUACUUCUCAAAAAAACUCUCUACUGCUAUAAAGACCUCACUGGAAAGUACAACCACAGAUAAAAUGACAACAGAUCUGAUGUAUGAAAAAGCAACAGAACUUGGUCUGUCUGUGGAUGAAAGUAAAAGUGAUGAAGAAAAGAAGGCAGCUGAAGAGAUUGUGAAAGAAAUUGGAGAACAAAGCAUUCCCAAAUACAAGAAGCUGCACCUUCCCUUGCAGGGAGAAAACUGGAAAAGAUUAUCCAAGUUAGAAAUAAAAGUCUGUAGACUAAAUGAGUACAGUGAUUUAGGAACUGAAGAGUACAAAUCUCAGCUACAGGAGGAGAAAACACAAAUCACAGAGGAGCAGGCAAGACACAACAUUUCCAAAGGAAUGAAAAGUUUCAUUGACAACCUUUUCACAGGUGACAAAGAAAAAAGAGAUUUCUUCUUGAAAUGGAUGAAACUUAAGCUUGAUGCACACUCUCGGGAAAAACUCUUACAACUGCGAAACCAGUUCAAAGAGCAAUGCAAGACAAAAGAUGCAGAACUUAUUAAAGAGUUAGAUCAAACUCUGCUGGAAAGCUCUUUAGGAAUUGAGCAUUUCAUGAGAGAGAUGGGACUGAUCUACGAGUUUUCACAGGAAACCACAGAGGAAAUCUCUCGUCUCCCUCAACUGGCUGCUGAAAUGGUGAUGGAUGGACAUCCUUUAGAGCUUCUGGAUGGAGACGCUUCCAACAUCCCAGAAAAGUGGGUGUCUGCUGUACUUAAUGAGGUCCAUAAGAAAGUUGGAAACAGGAGCCGAUUGUUGGUUCUGACGGUUCUGGGUGUUCAAAGUUCUGGGAAGUCGACGCUCCUCAACACCAUGUUUGGUGUCCAGUUUCCAGUCAGCAGUGGAAGAUGUACAAGAGGAGCUUACAUGAUCUUCCUCAGAGUUCAAGAGGAUUUGAAAAAUGAGCUGAAUUAUGAUUUCCUAGUUCUCAUUGAUACAGAAGGUUUAAAGUCUGCUGAUCUGGCUCAACUUGAGGACAGUUAUGAACAUGACAACCAGCUGGCAACCUUCGUCAUUGGCUUAAGUGAUAUUGCCAUCAUCAAUACAGCAAUGGAAAAUGUAACUGAAAUGAAAGAUAUUUUGCAAAUUGCAGUUCAUGCAUUCUUGAGAAUGACCCACGUUGGAAAAAAGCCUGCAUGUCAUUUUGUUCACCAAAAUGUUGCUGGAGUUUCAGCUGAUUCUAAGUGCAUUGCUGAGAGAAAACGUCUUUUCGACCAGCUCAAUGAAAUGACUCAGAUUGCAUCUGAAAUGGAAAAACUACCAACUAUUAAACAGUUCACUGAUGUCCUGGAUUAUGACAUGGAAAAAAACAACUGGAACAUUCCAGGUCUCUGGCAUGGCACUCCACCAAUGGCUCCAGUAAACACUGGUUACAGUGAAACUGUUGCUGAUUUUAAGAAAAAUCUUUUGGAGACAAUAAAGAGCAACAAAACCAGUGAACCUACUCAGAUCCCAGAGUUUCUAGAAUGGAUAACAAGUCUCUGGAGGACAGUUAAAUAUGAAAACUUCAUCUUCAGCUUCAGAAACACACUGGUGGCUCACGCUUAUGACAACCUGUGCAAAGCCUUCAAUCAAUGGGAAUGGGAGUUCAGAAAAGAGAUUUACUCCUGGCAGCAACAAACAGAGGUAGAAAUUUUAAACAUACACAAUGAUUCUGGAGUAGAAAACUGGAAUAAACUGGUCUCAGAAAAGAAGAAAGAACUUUCUACAAAGAUGCAAAAUGAGCAAAUGAAAAUGAAGGAAAAACUCAAUGAGUACUACAAGAGGAAGGACAGACGUGUAAACCUGAUAGAGAAGUACAAAGUUGACUUUUUCAACAGUAUCAACAGCCUUGUCAACGAAAUUGGGCCAUCAGUAAGAACUAAACUGGAUCGUGUUCUUGAACUGAAAGUAAGCCAAAAGAAAGCUCAAGAAAUACAGAGGAAAUACAGAGUUUUGAUUGAAGAGAACGUCAUGAGGCUCCUAUGUGUCUGCAAAAUGUCUAACCUGUCUGAAGAUCAGUUGACAAAAGAGUUUGAGAAGAUGUGGUCUGAAUCUACCGCUAACGUGUCUGGCUUAGAAGAACGAGACAUUGCUGGAUGCGUCCUCAAGCAGUUGAAAAAAAAUUUCUUUAAUCGAAAUGUAAACCAGGAAUUACAGAACACCGACCUAAAACAAGUAGGAAGGAGUCCUUUCACAGUCACAGAGGAGCAUGUAGACAGGUUUAAGGCUAAAUUUGUUGACAUGAAUAAUUUGCAGAUCUUCACAAAUAAUGUUAUUGAGUCGUGUACAGAAUAUCUUACUGGCAAAGUAAAAACACCUGAAGAUUAUCAUGACUCUUUCAUGAAAGACCUACUGGAAAAAGUUGACAAAAACUUUCAACAAAACUACAAGGAAUAUGAAACAAAUACAAAGUAUGAGAUUGACUUGAAGCUUCACAUUUGUGGCAUCGCUUCAAGAGAAUUCCUGGAAAUGCACCAAAAGUUUCUGUCAAACCUGAAUCCUCAGACACAGCUGGAGAAGUACAAGCCUGGGUACUUGUCAGACUUUAUUGAUUUGUACAAAGAAAGAGAUCAUUGUCAACGCAAAGCCAAUGACUACAUUGAGUUUUGUAUCAGACCAGCAGUGGAAGAUUUCAUCAGCAGAUCUCUGGGAGUAGACAUUGUGGAUGAGAUCUUAACGAGCCAUCAUUCUGCAGAGUACAGCUCUCGCUCAUUUUUCCAGUACAGCAUUCAGAAAGAGUUGCUGGAGAAGGACGACUUUGAAUGUUUUGUAAAGUACAUAAAUAACUAUGAGAUAUAUGUCAAAAACUGGAUAUUCCAACACAUUCAGCAGGAAAUGACACGUGAGAACACAUUGUCCAAACUGAAGAACAACAAACUUCAGGUCAUAAUUAAGAAAGUUACUGCUGCAAUAGAAGUGGCAUCAAGACAACCAGGUGGAGCUACUCUGCCAAACAACAAUGAAAGCAUCGAAAGGUUCGUCCAUGGAAUACGUGAAAAUCUGAACAAAGACCUCACAAUUUCAGUCGAAGCUGAAAAAACGAUCCUCUUUCAAAUCCAAAGCACAUGUCACCCAUUUAUCAACAGUGUCAAAAUGGCAUUGGAGAACCUGACAACUGAGCUUCAGGAACUAUAUUUGAAAUCUGAAGACAUCAAUGAAACUGUGAGGAAACUGACAGUUAAGCCACAGGAUGAACUUUUCAAGCGAGUUUUUGGAUGUGGGAAGCAGUGUCCAUUCUGUAAAGCUCCAUGUGAAGCUGGAGGAAAAGACCACGAGCUGCACAGUGCAGCUAUUCAUCGACCACAGGGUCUUGGCAGAUACAGACAUAGUACAACCAAGAAACUUGUUGAAAGACUGUGUACAACUGAUGUCCAAAGUGACACAUCAUUCUGCAAUUCAGACACUAAAGGACAGUUUCAUCCUUACAAAGAGUACACAACGUAUUAUCCAGACUGGCAGAUUCCACCAGACCCCACCAUUGAGGCUUCAGACUACUGGAAGUACAUCCUGGUGAAAUAUAAUGAUCAAUUUGCUGAAGAAUAUGGAGCCAAACCAGCAGAUGUUCCAGAUGCCUGGAAGAAAAUCUCAAAGGAAGACGCUCUGAAAGGUUUAAAAGAUGCUUUCAAUAUAAAGUGAAAGGAAAUUCUCAAGUAUUAAAAAGCAAUAGAUAUCAGAAGUUCAAAUGUACUCGAAACUACAAAGACAAAGGAGAACAUCGGCUAUCAAAGAAGACAUGAAAUGAAGUACAAAUACUCUUAGAAUAUCUAAUUUUUAACAGUUAAACUGAUUUAAUACAGGAAGCACUACAAGUGCACCAUGAAGAAAAGACCUUUCAUAGUGUUUUUUUCUAUAUCAUUAAUUCUAUAUAUAAAACAUAUAGCCGUGUUUUAAUGAGCAGUAGCACUUGCUAGAAAGAAAUGCAAACGUAUUCCAACACAAAAGGUUUCUAUAUGGUUUCAAUAGAUUAUGUUAACAUUGUCAUCAGAAUAAAAUAUAAGGGAAAACAGAGAAAAGUAAAAACCUUAACUGUUUACUUCAAAUAAAAAUAUUUUGUAUUUCUUGUUCAUUUAAGAAGUGCAAUUCAUCACAAAAAACUUUUUACAAUUUGCAAGUUUCUUCAUGUUUAUUUUUUUUGCUUUUUUUGUACACAUAUUGUUUUUCAAAGAGUAAUUAUUUUCCAGUUUGCUUUUCAGUACCAUUUUCAGUCAUUUAUCUUCCUGCUGUUAGAAAAUAUGUCCACAACAGGCAAUGAAAAUGUAAAGGUGAAAAUGUAGAGCCAUCCUUGUAAGUAAAUAUAUUUUUACUGUAUACAUGUUGAAACAUGAUUAGAAAAUUACUACUACUUCUACCAAAACUGUGUUUGUAAUUUGUUCAUGUGUGAAAGACAUCGAUGUAUCAAACAUAUUUACCAAGGCAGGGCAAUGUUCUACAUAUUCGGAUUUGUUGUACAAUUAAUUUAAACAAACUGAAAAUUAUUUUAUCUGAGUAACAUUUUACAUUGUUUUCUGUUUUAUAUUUGAACAUAUGUUUCCUCCAUUCUUUUGACUACAUAGCAGAAACAUGAACAUAAUGAGUAAAGAAGGAGCACAGCCCACGUAAAACUGGUGUCUUUUUCACAUAUGUUUAUUUUGAUCCAUUGUCAGUUAUAUUUUUGGUGGAAACAUGAUUCACUAUUUACAUGUUUUUGGAUUUUGCUUCUUAGAAUGCCAGCAAGAAAUAAGCAGAUGAAAACUAUCCUUUUAUGGCUAACUGGCAUAUUUUUUGUAAUAAUGUGCAAUGUUCCUUUGGAACUAAAUAAAUAAAUAAACCAACAACAAAAAAUGUGGCUGAUGGCCAAUAGUUCUUCACACUCUACCUGAACAUUACAGGUGAUCUCAACAACCACCUUCUAUCAGGACCUCCAGUGUAAAAAGAGGAGCUUCAGAUUCAGACACUCAGACUUCGUAAUACAAACAAAGAAGGAAAUACUUACAGAGAAACUACAAUACAGUUGAAAACAGUUAUUUACAUACACUAAAUAAAAUGACAAACACAUUUUUUCUCACUGUUAAAUCAGACCAAACACUUCUUGUUUUAACUUAGUUGAAAUUGUUUUUACUUGCUAAAUGCUAGAAAACUUGGAGAGAAAACUUUUUUUUUAAUUUGUAGCUUAGAAUUUAAAAGUUUACACACAUUUGGCAUGUAAACCAAAUUUAUGUAACUUGGGUUAAAUUUGGGGUAAACCAAGUAAACCCACCUAAAGACAUCAGCCAGGAAGUAAGUUUAGUUAAACUUACUUUAACCCAAGUUAAACCUUUUGGGUUUAAACUUCAACAAACUUCUGAUAGGUGAACUGAAACAUUUGAGUUAAUUGGAGUCACACCUAUGGAUGUAUUUUAAGGCCACAACUUAAACACAAUGCUUUCUUGUUUGACACAAUGGGAGAGUCACAAGAAAUCAUCCCAGAUAUCAGGAAGAGAAUUGUCCAGCUGCUGCAAUUUGCACAAUUCUUCCUUGCUGAAAGGCCGCGCAGCGAGGAAGAAGCCUUUGCUUAUAAAGAAACUUAAAAAUCCCGAUUUCCAUUUGCAGAUACACACAGGGCCAAAGAUACUCAUUUUUGGAGAAAUGUCCUGUGGUUCAUUGAAACUGAAGUGGAAGUAUUUGGCCAUAAUGACUAUUGUUACAUUUGGAAGAAAAAAUGUUAUAAUUAAGCCACCUUAACUGUCAAAUCUGGGGGUGGCAGCAUCAUGUUGUGAGGGCUGUAGGAUUAUACAAUGGAAUAAUCCAUGAUAACAUGGAUUAUCCAGCUUAGAUUAACACCAAGAAAUUCUGGCUUGAUUUGUAGUGACAGCUGAAGCUUUUUGAUUCGCUGAGUUUUCUUUGUGUGAAAAGAAACUGAACUCCCAGAAAACCGUUAACUGACAGCUUCUCCCCUUUUCCCGUUGCUGUCUGUGACUGCGGUAUGUAAUCAGCUCUGUGGUUUUUUCCAAGUAUUAUAUUUUAACAUAUAUUUUAGACAAAUCUGAUAAUAUACAGUGUUUCACAAGUAAUUUUGCUAUGUUUUGUAUAUGAUUUUAACUGUUAUCAUUAUUAAUGUUAUCCAUUUUAGCUAUGUUUAAUUUUACAAAUGUUAUCUGCUAUUAACUGCGGUCACCUGCUGAUAACUGCUCAUGGGAGCUAUUGCUUUGUAGUUUUUUGGGGGCCAUUUACUGUAUUUUAUUUCAUGUAUAGGGGCAGAAGCUGCUGAAUCGUAGUUAACCACCAACUCGAUUUUUUAUAUGUUUCAGUUAUCAACUAUGGUAGUCUUUGAAUGUUACAUGUGUGAUUUUAUUUCCUGUUAAAAUAUGUGUUCAUUGUUAUUUAUGUUAUAGAUGAGAUUAGCUAUGUGGAUUAAUUGUAUGAAUUUACUUGAAAUGCCACUACACGAUCAAAAUGGCCCCUUUUCCUGUUGCUGUCUGUGACUUUGGGGCAGAAGUUGCUGGUUGAAGUUAACCACCAACUCGAUUUCCUGUCUGUCAGAAUAAAUACAGUAAACCUGAAUGUGUCUGUCGUGAAGUCAACCUACUGGACCUGCGACGAACAAAGGAGGGUUUCAUAAACAGGCAGCUCAACUAUUUGACUGUCA